GCCAACAAUUCUCCCAUUUUGUUUUUGCUUCGAUUGGUGUCUGGUUCAGCGCUGAUCGUUUGUGAGUGUUAAGAACGAUUAACUCGACCAGGAAGUGAAAUAAACUGAUAAAAUCAUGUCGACCAUGAAGGAGAAUCCCGAGAAACCCGGACAGGAGACCGCUCCGAUCCAUCGUAUCCGUAUCACGUUGACCUCCCGUAACGUGCGUAGCUUGGAGAAGGUCUGCUCAGACCUUAUCUCUGGCGCCAAGAAGCAAUCGCUUCGCGUCAAGGGCCCGGUCCGUAUGCCAACUAAGACCCUGAGAAUCACCACCAGAAAGACACCUUGUGGUGAGGGUUCCAAGACUUGGGACAGGUUCCAGAUGAGGAUCCACAAGCGCGUCAUUGACUUGCAUUCCCCAUCUGAGAUCGUCAAGCAGAUCACCUCUAUCUCCAUUGAACCUGGUGUAGAAGUUGAGGUCACCAUCGCCGACCCUUGAACGCAUUUCUUUUUAAGACCAAACUUCUUUUGUACACAUUAGAAGAAUUUCAUAAUAAAAAGAAAUAAGAUACAAAAAAAAUGAAAAAUACAAUAAU